AUGUCCUUUACUCAAGAUACUUCCCAUUAUGAUGAUAGACUUUACCAAUCUUCACCAAAUCAAUUUAGCACAGACCCCGUGGCAGUAUCAGAUUUUUUAGCAAGGGUGAAUUUAGGACCAUCCCAACUAAGAGAAAUCGCUGGCCUUGGCGCGGUAGAUUAUUUGAAAAUUGAUGAGCAAGUAGUCACACCGGGAGCCCUUCCUAGUCGAGGAACGUUAGAUGACCUAUGUUAUGGUACAGGGACAACAUAUUUGGCUGGAUUAACAUUUGGUGGUGCAUGGGGUUUAAUGGAGGGUUUACGUGGACCUUCACCUAAUUUCAAAUUACGUUUAAACAUAGUCCUUAAUUCUGUUACUCGACGAGGACCAUUCCUUGGAAAUUCUUCCAUGGGAUAUAAUAGCAUUAAUGGUAUUAUUGGCAAUAUAAGAGGGAGACAUGACUCAGUAAAUAAUAUCGCAUCUGGGGCUUUAGUAGGGUUGCUCUUUAAAUCUACAGCUGGUUUGAGAGCAGCAGGUACUGCUUCAGCAAUUUGUGCAGCUACUGCAGGGACAUGGACUUUGGCAAAAAAAUAUUUCUUUAAACAUUAG